UCCUGUCAGCCCCAGACACAGGCUGCGGUCGCAAGUGGAAAAUGUCACUGGGCACUUUAAAGAAAAUGAGAGAGGGGCAAGAGUGAGGAGAUGGAGGGAUGAGUGACAGAAAGACCGAGAGAGAGAAAGAGAGAGAGAGAGAAAGAGAGAGAUUGCAUAAGUGAGAAAGAGAAAGAAGAAAAGGAAAUCUACCAAACUCGUCAGUCCAGAAGAGGGGACGACGAUGAGUUUCCUCUCAGGGACCCCCUGUGACUCUUACUGACCCACGCGCAUGAGUCAUAUUGGUGUGGCCAUGGAGAUCCUGUGGUCCUCGUGCGUCCUGGUGGUCCUGGUUUCAGUGGGUGCAGCUCACUCUCACACCGGCUCACAAGGACUCUCCUGCGUAAAUGACUUGGUCAGCACCGUCAGCUGUAAAUGGAACGGUGCUCCGGUGGCUCCUGGUGUCAACUGUUUGAUCAUCGGUGCCAAGACCAUUUUGACUCACAAGGACAACAAGAAAAUUCCCACCGAAAUGAUUCGAUCUUGCAAGCUGGAACAACAUGGAAACUCUCCUUCAGGCUGCAGUUUUGUUUUUGAAAAUCAAAUGUUCGACUGUUUCAAAGUCAUGCCCUACAUCAAAAUGGAGUGUGAUGGCACGUUGGUGGAGAAGAUGGAGGGAUAUGUUCAAUGCAAUCACAUCAAAAUGAAUCCUCCAGGUGCUCCCACUGUGAACAGCACUGCCACUGACACCUGGAUAUCAUGGAGUACAGGCAGCCCUCACUCAGACUUCAUCAAAGCUUUUAAAUUCCACAUUCAGAUCAGAGAGAAUGGACAAAAAUGGCAGGAGGCCCGCAAUAUGUCCAGGCAAACAUCAACGCUAAAAAUACCUUCUCACGAACUAAAUGGGCACUACCAUGUCAGGGUAAGAGUCCUCCCCCUUGACUUGGAUCAUAGCCACUGGAGCAACUGGAGUCCAAUUACAUCCUGGGUCGUAAGAAACAAGGAGGACGUGCCACAGGAAGAAGAAUGGCUUCUGGAUCAGACACAACUCAUAACGUGGGGAGGGAUAUUCAUCUUCUCUCUAUUCCUUAUUGUAAUGCUGGUCAUUUACAGGAGUUGCGCGAUCAAAGGGCUCCACAAAGAGAAGCCGGUACCAAACCCUUCAAAAUACUUCCACACUCUCCACUCUGUCCACGGGGGAAACCUUAAGAAAUGGCUGAAUCCUCUGUCGGGCCCCGACUCAUUCUUCACAGCCCAGCCAUGUGACCACAUCUCCCCGGUUGAGUUGUGUGAAAGCUCUGACGUGGUCCCCUCCACCUUCCCCUCCUCCAGCUCCACCAGCGCCCUGCUCCACUUCAAGAGCUACCCCUCGGCCGGCUCGGACACCAGCGGCGUCGCUGACAACUCCUCCUCUCUGUCCGACUUCUCUAACAGAGGCUACUUUCUGUCCAGCUCCUCCGGCGGCUCAGCUCGAUCCGACCCCAAUCCUGCCUACUUCACCUACAAGGAUGAUUUCCACAAUCAGCACAACAGCCACCCCCUCCACCUCUCCCUGUGCCUCUCGUUCACCUCCUGUCCGACCUAUGAGAGCUUGAAGAGGGAGCCGCAGAGCCCCGACUCUGGCUUUGGCAUUGGGAAGGAAGAUGAAGAGGACAAUGGAGGUUUAAAUGUUGAGGGUGUAGAAGAGGAACAGGUCUCAGAUGUUCUCCAGACCUCUCCUCUCCUCAUCCUCCCUGUACAUCCUCCUCCCCAGAUGUGUCCCCCUGCCUCAGCUCCGCCCCCUCCUAAUGCUCAGAGUCUGAUUCAGGAAUCCUCUAGUAGUCAGCAGGUAGAUACACCCGUGGCAGCUGCCAGUAGUAGCUAUGCAGCGUGGCCUUUGGCCAGUGCCAUGUGUAGGUCUACCUCCAUGCCCGUGGAGCCCUGUAGAACAGGCUAUCUGACGCUCAAAGAGCUGCAGACAACAUUCAGCAAUAAAUCCAUCUGAAAACUACUUAAAAUGCAUCUGGAAGAAGCCCUUUCUCUCAUAUUAGGUUUAUAUAGAGAUGCUACAGGUGUCAUUGUUAAAAAAAAAAAAAUUGCGGUGCAGAUAGCAGUGGGGAAGUUUUACGGUAAUUCACCAUUUCGUCCAAAAUAGUACACCUAUGGAGUUUUACAAUAUGUUUCUAUAGAGCGGUUUUCUCAGAGCAAGAUUUUCUCACACUCUGAGCCAGAACGCUCCACUUCAGUAGCACUUCUUAUCUAUUGUCUUCACAGAGGGGGUUUGUUCAUGUAUCAUUCAUAACCCUUCACAUUUUAUUCCUCAAACAUGCCAGAAGUGUAUUUUUGUUGAAAGUAUUUUCAGAUUUGUUAAUCGGUAAAGAGAGACAUCCAAAGUUCUCUCUGCGAAAAGCUUUGAUUCUGAUAUGUCAACACAAUGAACCGAGCUUUCUCCAGUGUUAUGAUGUCUGUUAUGGAAAGUCAUGCAAAUUAGAUAAUGCCUCAUCUCUAUAUUUCAACGCCAUUUAAAAGCAAUCUGACUGUGGAUGCAAGCAUCUCCAGAGAAUAUAUGUCUUGUUCGGUUUUGACAUUUUUACAAAUUGCAUAUUUUUAAAGGAGACAUGUUGUGCAAAUGUUAAGGUUUGAGUUACAACUAGAAUAGGCUGACAUGCUUUGGUGCUCAUAAAACACAUCAGUUUUUUCA